UCACAAUGAAUGCAAACCCUGACACGCCCCCCCCAAGCUCUGUCUUUACACCUUCAGACUCUUCCAUAGUCAGUGGACAAUGGGAUACGGGAGUAGCAAUGCCAUUAUAAUAGUGACCGCCGUUUUCCUAUGGAUAUCGUUGGUGUCCGUCUGUCUCCGGUGCUUCGUGCGCUUGAGGAUCGUGAACGCCUUCGGGGGCGACGAUGCGUUGAUCGUGGCGGCGAUGAUCCUCAACGUGGGAUUUGCCGUGUGCACAACCCUAGGCGCCUCCUCUGGCAUGGGGAAGACGGUGGAAUACCUUGCUGACCGACCCGAGGAGUUCCGUCGCGGCAUGCUGUUCUGGUGGCUGGGCCAGCUCCUGUACAUCAUCACGGUGACGGUCGGAAGGAUAGCCAUUGCCAUCACCCUGCUGCGCUUGACGGUCGAGCGCAUACAUACGUGGAUCCUCUACGCAGUCAUGGCGUUUUCCACCGUAGUCGGGGCGGUCUUUUUCUUCUUCACGAUCUUCCAAUGUCAGCCCGUGUCCUACUACUGGAAUCGCCUCUUCACCGAAGGCCACUGUCUCAACGUCGGCUCUCUCCUCGGCAUCGUCUAUAUGUACAGCGGUGUGGCGGCCGUCUGCGAUUUCACCAUGGGCAUCCUCCCGGUGUUUCUUAUCUGGAAUCUCCAAAUGGACCGUCGGACCAAAGUCGCCGUGUCCGGCAUCUUAGGAAUUGCCUGCAUAGCCAGUACUGCCGUCAUUAUCCGCAUCCCAUUUCUCAAGCAUGCAAAGAGUCCAGACUUUCUCCAUACGACGACUCAAAUUUCCAUUUGGUCGAAUAUCGAAGCGAGUUUAGGAAUCACGGCCGGUAGUCUUGCGACCGUACGGCCGAUUAUCCGCAUGUGCUCGCGGGUCACUUCAGCCAUUCCAAGCCAGCACAGUCUGCUGCCUUCCCAGCUCGUCUUGAGCAAGCGGCGCGCUCCGGCAGAAAGCCGAUCCGGGGGAGAGGAUGCUUACAGCCAAUCUACAGAGGCUAGUCACCCCAGGCAGUAUCAGACAUACCCGCCAUCUAUGGAGGUUGUGCCAUAGGGCUAGCCUUUGGUUCCUUUUGCAUGACUGUUUCACAUAUAAUACCAUUAUCUCGCCUUCGGUCGGGUUAGAUCUAGUAAUAGAAAAGUCAUAUCAGCACUGCACUUUCUUAAUGUUCUGAUGUUGUGCCGUCAAAAUUGCACGCGAUAGGAUGCCCUUCUU